AUGUCAGUACAACAAGUUUUUAUCAUAAGUAGAGCUGGAAGUUUAAUUUAUGAUUGGGAGGCCAAAACGGACGUAGUUGAAGUGGAACGUAUCUGCGAGUAUCCUCUCGACAUAAUUCUAGAAGAGGUUGAUCAAAAGGCAGUUGUCGUAUAUUACGUUACGGGGGUGAAUGGUUCCAAAGUUUCUGGCACUAGAAUUCUGGCUGGUGAAGCCGAGCAGAGUAUUUUUAAGUAUCUAGAAGAUGCGGCGAAUUUUCCGGUUAGUAUCCGCUUUUCCCCACCUUCGAUAUCAACGAAUGAGAAGAUCAUUCUGUCAUCAAUGUUUCACUCAUUGUUUACUAUUGCUGUACAGUUGAGCCCGGCCGCUAAAAGCUCCGGAAUAGAAGUAGUGGAGACUACACAAUUUCGAUUAUCAUGUUUGCAAAGCAGAACAGGAGUGAAAUUUGUUGUGGUAACAUCUCCACCAUCUGCAAUACCAGUGGAAUCGCUCCUUAAUAAGAUUUAUGAACUCUAUGCUGACUAUGCGUUGAAGAAUCCAUUUUAUGCCAUUGAUAUGCCAAUCAGGUGUUCCAAGUUCGAAGAAGGUCUCAAGUCACUCUUAGAACGUGUAGAUAAGAAUUCAAGUUUUGUUACAAUGUGA